CGUUCACCUUGGGCUUCGGCCCGCCGAAGCCGUGGUCUAACGCUCACAGCAGAACGAACUCUCGCCGCGAUGGUGGUGUUCGAGGGCGUGGUUCUCAACCUGGAACAGGGUCUCGCAUUCUAUGUUGGAAUGUUCUUCUUUUUCCUGUCGCUCAGCUGUGAGGAUCGUCCGGCAGUUCGGGAUUUGGUCGAGGAGAAGCGGACGUCUAGGGGUGGUCGAAAAGGGCCGGAUGAGGAGAAGCGGACGGGCGUCCGAACAAGAGCUGCUGGAUGGCUGGCUCAGCAAAGCUAAAUCGCCAACCACAAGACCACCCAGUGUGUGCUUCACCGGCGCGUUCUUCUUCUCAGUGUGGAAUGGCAUCAUGGCAUUCGCGAUGGUGGGCCCUACCUUGGCAAAAGCACUGCGCGAUCCAACCGUGGCAAAUCUGGUGAGAGUUGGCUGCGUUCUUCUCUUCCCCCAUGUCUUGGUGGGAUUGAUCAUGCCACUUUUUCUAGGUGGACUCAUUCUUUUCAUGGUGACGACCUGGCCGUAUUUCUUCGCCAGCUACAAGUUCUACAAGCAGAUCCCACCACGUCCGCCACCUGUCCCACCACCAAGUCUGGCUGCUUUGCCGGAUCCAGGCGUCAAAGCAGAAGAAGGGACGGCUGGUGUGACACCGGUACCUAUUGUGGUGGAGGCUCGCGAAACACUCCAGGACGAACGUUGGUAACUAGUAGGUCACCAGUGGUUCCAAAGACUAUAAACCAUACUUCACCCUGGUGCUUUUGAAGGAGCUCAGCAGUUCAGUUGGGAAAGCUCAGCAGUUCUGUUGAAGGACGCUCUAUCGAAAGCACGAACAAUCACCAAGAGAUUGGUUUUGACCUGCCGCAGGCGAAGGUCGUGGGUGUGGUUGGUGGCGAGAAGGAGGAGACCAACGAGACGAACGAGAAGAAUCAGACCAGCAAUGCACCGAACGGGUCUGAAGUGCCCGAAGUGCAAGUCGUCAAGAUUGUCGAGAAGAAGGACGACAUGUUCUGAAAGAUUGAAGUUCCCUGAAAGGGUUAUUAUAUAUUCGACAUAUGAUGCUUUAGUUUAUGUGACAC